GUGAGCUGCCAGUCGGACAUCCAGUGUUGUGAACGUCUUUGUUACCAUGGAAGCUGGUGUUCGUCUCAGAGGACCCCCACUAAGGUCCAGGGCCUCGGUUCGAAAAGAGGCUGUCCGUGACUGUGGAGCACAGGCCACAAAAAGCCUCUUCAGAAAUAAAAAGGAGUUGUGCAGUGUUGGCCUGGAGCUUCCAACCAGAGACACCACCAGACUGACAGAGAUUCUUUUUGUGUGCCUGCCGGAACAAAGUGAAGGAGAAAGUAUCACCCAGCAGGCUCUCUCAUCUCUUCCUGGGGGUCUGUGUGAGCUCCUCAGGUCUUUCCACGUUCACAGCCUGAAGAAUGACGAAGUUCUGCUACUCAAAGACUCCCGCAGGCUAGCAGAGCACAGGGACACUGGGCCUCAGUGUUGGCUAAAGGCUCUGUGUGUUCUAAGGCAUAAUUCCUGCCCCUCCACACAAACUACUGUCACAUCUUUGAUGGGGUUGCUGGGGUGCUACGUGGCAGGGUUUCACUACCUGCUUGAGCUUCAGGCUCUUCACAGAGGUACACCUGAAUCCAACCAGCCAGAGGAAGAUGACACCAACCAAUCAGUCUCAUCAAUUGAGGAUGAUUUUGUGACAGCCUUAGAGCAUCUGGAGGAAGAAGAUACUGGAGAAAGUCCCUCUGCAGUUCCAUUUUGCCAAUUCAAAAAGCGUGAUGUGGCAUCACAGACAAUCCCAGCACACAGGAGAAGAAAAGAACUGUCAGGCUCCCGUGUUAUUAUAAGUUCAUCUUCCAAGAAGURCACAGCUAAGCAGUGGUCUGGAUUCGAUGUGUCUGUUAAAGUGCAAAAGUCACCAUCAAGUGUUGAAACCCAAUGGACUUACUGCAGUCCUGGAGCUCAUCGUCCCUUUCCUUCUGUUCAUAUCAGUGAGUCAGAAGAAUCUGACUGCUCCAGCCCAAGCCCWGUCAUCUUUCUGGAUGAAGUAGGCUACCAGAAGAGUCUGCUGGCUAAGYUGGACAUCCCCCAGGUACCAGGUGGGCCCAGGGAGCGAGUAGAAGACUCAGAUUCUGAAGUCAGUGAGUUCUUUGACAGCUUUGACCAGUUCGAUGACCUGGACGAGCAGAAUUCUGAAAGCUGCACUCUCACACUGCCUUUGAACCCUAUUAGUUCUUCAACYACACAGGAAAAAUGUGCUGAGUCUAGUUCCAUUGGCUCGGCAUCAAAGUGUGUUUCCAGGGGCUGCUCAACCAAGAAUAUGAACCCGCAUCGYUUUGACCAACCCACCCUCCCAGCCAAUGUGAAAAAACCCACUCCUCUAAAACCAGGUUCUCCCUACUCAGUUCAAACCGAAGUUCCUGACUCCACUUGGCCUGUGCAGACCCCUCCUGAAGAGACAGGUGGCUCUCUUUUUAGUCCUGUCAGCUCUUCUGCUUUUAGUCCAUUGGUGGAUUCUAGUGAACAAYUGGAAUAUUUCUGGAAAACAGAUGAGGAUGAUCAGGACAACUCAGAGCUACGUAAACCUCAGGAUCUCUGCUCCUUGUACAAGACCUACUCAGACUUUGCAAACAAUCUGUCCAAAGAAAUUCUGGAAUCUGUGUGUGGCUUCCAGUCUGCUGUUGACAUCAGUGACAACAAGAAUCUCAGUUGUGUUUGCCACAAGGAGUUUAAAAACUCAUCAGGGUAUUUUAUGAAACUGUCAGACAUUCAAGAUACCGUAACAGUGGCCAAGCUUCAGAAGAAAUCCCAAUCUUUAAAAGAUGGCAUUCAAAAGUUUGCUUCUGACCUGGUGGAGAUGAGUUUAGGCAGUGCCCUGCGAGACCUACAAAAAGGAGUGUCCUCCUGCACCACUACUUUAUGUCAUUUGGCUGCCAAACUCACKUCUUCAGUAUUUCAGAUGGCCUUCCAUGAAAUUGGCAUGCGGCGUGCCUUUGUCCUGAAAGAACGAGCCAUUAGUGGAUUAGCUGGCUUCCUUGUUGGUGAGGCUGUUUCUGGGGCACUAAAAGAGUUCCUCACUGUGAAAAAACAGAUUUUCCACAACACAGUGGCAGAAUUUGCUGCUGAUCUAGCUGAAGAGCUGGUGUUUGAAGGUAUCAUGGAGGUCUGUCAGUUCUCACAUCCUUCUACCCCWCUCACCCCUAGUGAUUGUUCUUUUGGCCACAAGGAUGAGGAGGAGGAGGUAGUGAGCUCCUAUGCCUCAGACUUGUCUGAGUCUGUAAUUCAGGAAGCCUUCAUUGAGCUUUCUCAGGCAGAUGUGGCCUUCACUAGCCAGGCGGCUAUUAGUGUAUCCCUAGACAACAUGUGCUAUGUCACAGCAGAGAACGCCGGCACUCAUACCUGCAGUACCUUUGCUAACCAGCAGGUUUUCAGUGCCAGCUCUACUUCAGCAUCCUYGGCGACUUCAGGAGAGGUGGCUCCCUGCACAGUGAAGAAUGCUUUAUUCACUGUUUCAGGCAUGGCUAGCUGCGUUCCUGUACCCCAUGCAGGUUAUGCCCUCUCCCACCUCCAGGAUACAGAAGAGGCCUGUAAUUCUAGCUCCCCAGAUAGGCCAAGAACUAGUCCCAAAAGAAUAGCUGUUUUGUCAUCUGACACCACUACUUCUCAUAUUCACCUUCACAGUCAUCCAACUUUCAUAUCUGGAGAUGACCCCUCCCAACGAAAGUCUUCAUUCCAAAACUUUUCUGGGAACAUGGUAGAUACGAUUGUUUCUGAGGCUUGUGAGCUUAUAACUGCCUCUAAGAUGAAGAAAAGCUUUGGCGAUUGUGCUGAUUUUCUUACAAAGACUAUUGGAAASCGAAGGGACUCAUCCUCAAAGCAGGAGACUCUAGAUCCCAUUUCAAACCAGGGAGCAGGCCAAGAAUCUUUUAAAAACAAUGGAUAUGUGUGGCAGGAUGACUCUAUUGAACAAGCAACAGACCUUUGUAUUCCCCCAGUUUCUCUUCAGUCAGGCUCUUCAUACCGCGGUAUAGUCCAGUAUGAGAUGGAUCCCAGGAGGAGAGGUGUGGCUCAAACACAUCCUGUAACAGUAGAUACUCUUGAUGUGCCAGGUGUAGCUGUGGGUGGACAGAACAGGAUAUCUGCUCCAGUGGAUGACUCUGCUCCAAGUUUUGGCCAAAAAUCUAGUGGGACACCUGGUACUCCUCCUUCCACUCCUCAACAACCUAAUGAAGUCUCCAAAGAGAAACAGAUAAAGCAGUUCUCCAAGAAGCUGAAAAGCAAGCUAGCCAAGGAGUUUUCUCCUGCAACGCCACCUCCAACCCCUCAUUAUCAGCCUGAACCAGGUCCUGGUCCAAAAGAUACAAUUCCUGAAACAGACAAGGCUGAGUUUAUGCUCAGCCUGAUGAGGUCUCUUUCUGAGGAGGCAAAUGACACAGAAGAUGCAGAGGAAGAAGAACCAGUUGAACGAGGUGAUCGUGGCACCAACAGAUGUUCAGAGGCAAACAGUGACAUGUGUGAUCUCAACCAAAUGCCCACUCACAGAAUAUCUAACAAGGAAGCUUUCCAUUAUGCUGAGCGGCUAGCCUGUCACAUAGUCUCUAUGGCAACAGAGAUGGAUACUCUGGGAAUGUCAGAAGAAGAAGGGAAAAUUAACAAGGGCAGUGAGAGGAGAGAUAGUGUGUCUCWGUUCUCAGAGCAGACCCUGAACACCUUGUGGGUGUAUGCUGGUGAGGUGGCAGGAAAGGUUAUAAAUGAUGUGAAAAGGUUGGUGAGCUCAGGACAGCAAUGCCCAUAUCACAGAGUUCAGGACCUCAGAAGAAGAAGCUUUGAGAGAUCAAGCUCUGWAUGUUGGCAUCACCACCACAGACACCAGUCUCAACCGAGUACAGGUCAGUGCAGAAACAGGGCAUUAGGUAGGUUGGCUGAGCAGUGGUCCAAUGACCUGAUAGCCUCUGUUUCCUGGUCUCCAACCUCCACUUCUACCACCAGCUCCAGUUCUGGUCUGUCUUCUCAGUACCCCAGCUGUGAGAGUGUGACAGAUGAAUAUGCAGGCUACCUCAUAAGGGUGCUGAAAAAAGAGGGYGGCAGUAGGGAGUUAGUCCUGGACCAAUAUGCAAGUCGUUUGGCGUACCGCUCUAUAAAACUGGGCUUAGGUCAUGCUAGUCGUAAAAUCAAGCAAACAUCCUCUUCCAGUCUCCUUCAGUCCUCRAGGUCUCUGCCAGAUAAAUGGAAGGUUUCUGGCGGUGAGACCUUGUCACCCAAUAACAGAGCAGACUCAGUGGGUUUUCGAUCAGGUGAGGAUAUUCAUUGCUGUUGUAAUGACCCCAAAGAGCAAAAUAAGAGGGAAUACAAUGAUCUAGUCAACUUUGCUGAGUCUUUGGCAUACAACAUCACCUGUGAUGUUACACGCAAGCUACAUCUUUCUUCAGUCCGGCUUCCAAAAUCUCUCACUGACUCUUGUCUUUAUAAGAAAUCUAAACUUGAAGACAUGGCAGAUAAUAUCAUCAGGAACUCCUUCUCCUGCCCUCUGUUGUCUAAGGAGAAUAAAAGCAGACAUUACCACAGUACAGGAAGUCUGUAUGAUGGUGGCUACAGCAUUGGAGUGAUGCAGGUUAUUGAACAUUAUGCUAAGAAGAUUGUGGAUGACACACUAAAAAUAAGCCUGGCAUCAGUUGGACAUUCUUGGUGGGAUGACAAACAUUCUCAUAUCCAAAGGCCAGCAGUGGUUCGAGCUUUAGGAAAGAGGACCUGUCAUUAUUGUCAGGUCCAGGAGUGUCCAUAUUGCACCAAACUUGGCAGGCAUCAAUACCAGUYACAAAGAAAGUUGCGAGGUACGGAAUGUCACUCUGGACCUGAGCACCUCUCUGGUGUUCAGAUUCCCAAAAUCCACAUUGACCUGGACCACAGGGCAGCAUUUGCGGAGGAGGUUGUGUCUCUGGCAAUGGAAACGGCUAAACACGAGCUGAGUAACACAAGCCUUAAUGCAGACAGUGGGAUUGGUCAUGACGGCACAAGCUAUGCUGAGAGCCUAACUGCUGAAAUCAUGGCAUCAGCUCUGUCCAACAUCUGUCAGGGUGCCCACAUCAGCAGCAAUGGGAACAGCAGCAGCUGGAGCAGUCUGGGCCUGGAAGGGGAGGCGUGUGAGGAGUGCAUGUCGUUCUCCCCCUCUAACAGCAGUGACCAUGCAGAAGAUGAGACUGAGGUCAAAGAGGAGUCCAGUGGGACACUGUGUGUGGACAGGACUGUCCAACAGGCUCCCAGGACUACUCUGCUCAUUGGGAACUUAGAUGUGAAGGAGCCUGGGCGUGGACCUCAACAACUCACACUGGACCCCCAGCUCAGGAGCAUGCUGCAGUGGGCGGCUGCCUCCAUCGCCAACAUCCCUCACAUUCAGCUGAGUGCUGACAAAGGACUGCAGCAGCUGCCAGCCGUGCUGCAGAAGUUCAGAGAGAAGAAGUGGAGGGUGGGAGAUCUGCUGCAUCUGCUGCUGCGUUACUGUGAGGAGAACCAGCUGCACCUCCCAACCAGAGAGGAGGCUCACUGCACCCCUCUGUUCCAGUGGCUGCUGGAUCACGCUUAGCCUCUGCUCCUGUCACAUCCACACAGGCCACAGCUGUUCAUCUGACACACUCUUAGUGUGUGUUGUGUUGUGUUGUGUUGCACAUCGCAUGCUGCCAUGGUAAACCUGCUACAGUUGUGUUCUGUUGUUCUUUCCUCCUUCAGUUGUGUUGUUACAGGUUUCAGAUUGAUCUGGUUGUUUCACCAGGUGAUUCAGUGAUGUGUGUCCUCUUCACCUACACUGUGCAGCCUGACACAGUGUGAGACACACACACACAAAGCCCAUGUCCAGAUACACACCAAACAGUGAGCUGAGAGAGAGAAAAUGUUUGGGGUUUUCUGAGGGAAUUCCCACAGCUGUUCAGCAGAUGUUAUCACUUCCACUGCUCACCUCGUUYGUUGUUUCAAAAUGUUCACAGACCAACUGUGUGCYCACAACACACACCACACACCACACCCUUGUAUUAUCACAACUAGUCCACUUCACAGUAACGUUCCAUUGUGUUAACACAAUGAGAAGUGCUGUCUCAGAUUAAUUCCAGUGAAGGUUGUGUGCAGGUCUGAGUGUUGCUGAAGCACUUUUUAUAUUCUAUAAUGUGUUGCCAUACAAAGAGAAAUAACAUGUAAAACUCUGUGUGUGCUUUACUUUGUGUUUGUGACUAAAUACGUUUGGCUGCAGAUUAAUCAAGACUGUUUCUGUUCAGUUAAGGUAUUUUCUGACUGGGCUGUGAAUAUUACAACACUUGUAAAUUCA